CCCCUCCCCUCUCCCUUCUCCUCCUCUCCUGCAAAUACUUUCAUUUUCAUCGGCCAGGCUGCUCAGCUAAACCAGCAGGACGUUCAGGCUGCAAAAGCUGCAUUGAGAAGCCGCGAAGGUGCUAAGUGAAGGCUCCUGUCUCAGGCUGGGACCGUGGGAACCACAGAGACUCUGCAUCAUGAACACUCUGUCUGAAGCAAACGGCACCUUUGCCAUCCACGUUUUAAAGAUCCUUUGUCAGAACAACCCUUCGAAAAAUGUAUGUUACUCGCCUGUGAGCAUCUCCUCUGCUCUAGCUAUGGUCCUCUUGGGGGCGAAGGGAGACACCGCAGUCCAGAUGUCUCAGGCACUUGGUUUAAACCCAGAGAAAGACAUUCAUCAAGGCUUCCAGGAGCUUCUCAGUAAUCUGAACAAGCCCAGCAGAAAGUACUUGCUUAGAAUGGCCAAUAGGCUCUUUGCAGAGAAUACCUGUAAAAUCCUCCCAACCUACAAGGAGUCCUGUUUUCAGUUCUACCACUCGGAGCUGGAGCAGCUGUCCUUUGCCAAAGAUCCAGAGGAGUCCAGGAAGCACAUAAACACGUGGGUCUCCAAACAGACUGAAGGGAAAAUUCCAGAGUUGCUGUCAGGAGGCUCAGUUAAUUCAAUGACCAGGCUGGUUCUUGUCAAUGCUCUAUACUUCAAAGGAAAGUGGCAUCAGCCGUUUAACAAAGAAGACACAAUGGAGGUGCCGUUUAAAAUUAACAAGAAGGAGGAAAGACCAGUGCAGAUGAUGUAUCAGGAAGACAGAUUUAACCUCGCCCACGUGAAUGAAGUACAGGCACAGGUGCUGGAAAUGCCCUAUGAGGGCCUGGAGCUGAGCUUGUUGGUCCUGCUCCCAGAUGAUGGUGUGGACCUCAGCCAGGUGGAAAACGGUCUCACUUUUGAGAAGUUAACGGCCUGGACCAAACCAGGCUUUAUGAAAAGCACUGAUGUUGAGGUUUUCCUUCCAAAAUUUAAACUGCAAGAGGAUUAUGACAUGGAGUCUGUGUGUCAGCACCUGGGAAUGGUGGAUGUCUUCCAAGGCAGCCAGGCUGACUUAUCAGGAAUGUCUCCAGAGAGAGACCUGUGUGUGUCCAAGUGUGUUCACAAGAGUGUUGUGGAGGUCAAUGAAGAAGGCACCGAGGCUGCAGCAGCUUCUUCAAUGAUAGUUCAAGCUUGCUGCGCCUCCAUUGUUCCAACGUUCCGUGCAGACCACCCCUUCCUUUUCUUCAUCAGGCACAACAAAACCAAUAGCCUCCUGUUCUGCGGCAGGUUCUCCUCUCCAUAGAGGCCCAGGUACCAUGUGGGGGAACAAUUAUCUCUUCAGCAUCUCCACCGCUCUUACAGCUCUGUGAGGAUGACGUAGGAGGGACACCAACCAAGUCCCAAGAUGAGGGCACUUUCCUCCCCUGCCAGUCUCAUCUUACAAUGACAGCAUUCAUCUCUCUCCCGACUUUCAUCUGUGCCCUUUGUGGAGUCACAGGACUAUGGAGUGCUUUGGUUUUUGUUAUGGAAACAACAAAGAAGGCAAGCUAAUCCCACAAGAUAGCCUCUAAAGUUCUCUAAGGUGACCCUAAACAAACACCCCCACUUCCUGCAAGACAAGCCAUGCCAACUAUAUAAGCUGUGCUUUCCUGGCUCCUCACCUCUUGCCAUCGCCUGCCUUAACCUGCUUGCAUCCUUGUAAAUGCUUCUGUGGAUGAUGACGGCUACUGCAGUUUUCCUAGUGAGUGGUCCUUAAUGCACACUGUAACUUUAGUUUGCUUUGCUGUUCGCUGCUCACCAGGUCUAUGCCCACCACUGUGUUAGGCUUGGGGAUGUGUGCGGACAGUGUGGUCCUCUUAAUUGAUAACCUUGAAUAUCUGCUUUCGACUUAUCUCUCUAGCUGUCAUGACAGCUAGCUUGAACUAGUUCCCUUGCAGAAGUCAUGCUUCUGUAGACUAUUGUCUUUCUCCAUCACUAUCUAUUACAGUUAAAUUCUAUGAAGUCCUUAAAUGCUAUUUCAAAAUAAAUUUAUUUUUAUCACCAA